AUAAGAGAAGAGCUGCACUGCAAAUGUACUUCACUCAUAAUCAUAUCCAAUCUUUUACAAGCUUUUAAGAAAUAAAUUUGAGAGAGAAUGGCAAAAUUGAUGGUUUUGGUAGGGGUUUUUGCUCUUUCCUUCUGCGUUGCCAUGGCGGCUGACCAGAGUGCACUUCAAGAUUUCUGUGUUGCUGAAUCAAACAGCCAAGUGCUUUUAAAUGGUCUAGCAUGUAAGAAAGCAAGCUCGGUUGAAGCCAGUGACUUCUCCUUCAGUGGACUUCACAUAGCAGGCAACACGAGCAAUGCAGUUGGGUCAAGGGUAACUCUGGUUUCCGCUACUCAAAUACCUGGACUCAACACACUUGGUAUCUCUUUGGCCCGCAUCGACUAUGCACCAUGGGGGAUCAACCCACCUCACGCCCAUCCUCGUGCCACUGAAAUCCUCACCGUCAUUGAAGGCAGCCUUGAAGUUGGAUUCGUCACCUCCAAUCCCGACAAUCGUUUGAUCUCAAAAAUCCUCAACAAGGGUGAUGUUUUUGUCUUCCCCAUCGGUCUCAUACACUACCAGAAAAAUGUAGGAAAUGGUAAUGCAAUGGCGAUUGCGGGUCUUAGCAGCCAAAAUCCAGGAGUCAUUACCAUCGCUAAUGCAGUGUUCGGUUCUAAGCCGGACAUAUCAACCGACAUACUUGUCAGGGCUUUCCAGGUGGACAAGAACAUCAUCUCUGAGAUGCAAUCCAAAUUUUAGAUGAUUUUAGAUAUUCCCAUAUCUUUCUAAUUUUAUGUAAUUCUUUACGUUUUUGUAAUUCUUUACGUUUUGUUUGCAUGCUCAAUUCAGACAAUUUGUCUGAUUGAGAUGUCCAUCACUUGGUUAAUUUUGUUUAUUAAGUAAUUUUUGUAGUUGGAAAAAACUUGCAGUUUGAAUUUAUAUAU